AUAACAACGAAGAAAUUUACGAUGCCGUACGGGUGCAACAAACAUAUAUAUGACGAACAGCGAAGAAAAUUCGAUGGAAAUGAAAAAAGUUAAAGAUGGUAUCGACGUUAUCAAUAAAAAACAAGAGAACGAAGAGAGUGAGGGACAUGAAGUAAAUGAAUCAGAAAAUACGGCGAAUGUACGCAAGCCAGAUGGUGCAUGGGGUUGGUGUGUUUGUUUUGGUGCCUUCAUUUGUAAUUUUGUCGUUUUUGGAACACACAAUUCAUUCGGGGUGAUCUAUAAUACCCUGAUCAAAGAGCUCGACAUAAGUAGUGCGGAAACAGCGUGGAUUGGUUCCAUAGCGAUGGGUUUGAACUUUCUAUUUGGACCCGUUGCCAGCGCUCUUUGCGAGCGAAUAGGAUGCCAGAUGACGACGCUGAUCGGAGCUACAUUAUCCGUAGCUGGACUGCUCUUGUCAUCAUUUAUCGCACGCGACGAUGUCUCAAAAAUGUAUGCAACAUACGGCGUAAUGUGGGGGACUGGGUCCAGUAUGUGCUAUGUACCUUCCAUGGUAAUACUAGGACAAUACUUUGAUGAACGGAUGGCAUUAGCCAAUGGCCUUGGGACAAGUGGCAGCGGAGUUGGUACCGUUGUCAUGGCACCAGUUAUACAAAAGCUACUAACAACAGUGGGUUGGCGUGCAACAUUUCGUAUCGUGGGUGUCGUCGCUAUUCUGUUGUUUGUAUCCGCUUGGCUGUUUCGACCAUUGAAAGGAUUGCAAAAGGAAAACAAGGAGACGGCACAUCCUUGCGUCGAUCUAAACAUAUGGCGAAAUAAAGCAUUCAUUGUUUGGGUCUUGGCCAUUUCUUUCUUCCUAUUUGGUUACUUUAUACCGUACGUUCAUUUGGUGAGAUUAGCAAGUCUACAUGGUGUAGAGAGUAAAGAUGCGGCCUGGCUCAUCGCCUUUCUCUCCAUCGCAUCAACAGUUGGCCGCGUAGUAUUUGGAAAAUUGGGAGACUUGAAACGAGUUAACAGAUUGUACAUGUUUCAAUUGUCCAUUCUGAUAAUUGGCGCCACAACAGCUCUUCUCUCGCUGGCUACGAAUUACGCUUUACUGCUUGCGUACGCCAUCACCUUUGGUUUCUUUGACGGUUGUUUUGUUGGUCAGGUUGCCGUAGUCACAUCUGGUAUAGUUGGAAUGAAACAUCUUGCGGUCGCAUUGGGCUAUCUUUUUGGAUCCAUAGCUAUACCUAUGACAAUGGGACCUCCCAUGGCAGGUUGGAUAUAUGAUGCCUGGCAGUCAUACGACCUGGCCUUCUACGUGGCAGGCGGCACGAGCUUUCUUGGUUUUCUAACAAUGUUCCUUAUACCGCGCCUUGUCAAGAAGCACUCGGAGGCGUGGGAACGAUUGUUUGAAAACAAAAGAAGAGCAUCGAUUGAAAGCCGUCGUAAGCUGCUGUCAGAUUUGCCACAAGACACAAACGUACUUUCGACCUCAGACGGAAAUGGCAAUCUCCCAGCACUAGCACAGGUUACCGUGGAGCGGGCAAACUACACGAGAGGCAGAAGACGUUCCCUGCCGGCUAUUCACAUGAGCCCUUAUCAUAAUGCGACAACGAAUAAGAAUCAAGUUUCGUCUCCUUCAACACCGAACAGUCUAACACCAGAAAAGACAUUCAUCUAUCCAUGUCCCUUUCCAAACUUAACCUCCGGAAGCAACAGUAAUACCGCACCAAACUCAUCUACCGGAUUUAGUAGUAAUAUAUGUCCACGUGGUAUUCGUGCGCGUCGAGGAUCAUUGCCAGCCAUUGCUUUCAAACCAAGUAGUGUAUCACAAAGAGAAGGAAAGGCAACGCAAUUGCUACUGGUUGAUGCAAACUUGCUUGCACAACACGGGAUAUCAUUGGUUAACACAUCCCAACAAGGAAUAUCAUUGGUUACAUCCCAGGAUGGAGAACCUUCAACCAAUAGGGUGCACAAAGCAAACACAUAUAGAAGAAGGGGUUCAUUACCUGCAAUCAACCAUUCAUCUCUUCCCAACUCGUUGACAACAAUGAGAUUCAAUCAACCAAAGUUAUACAAUGGUGUUAGACGAGGCUCCUUACCUGCUGUUUCAUUAACAACCCAAGGAGACACUCAUCAUGACCAAAGUAAUAAAGCAAAAAAUUCAUUGUUGCUGUCCUCUUUCAUGGAAAAUUCUGGCAACCAAUCACUAGACGAGAAAGAAGAAGAACAACUGAGUUCAACACCAACAGAUGCUAAUCUGCCUAAUCACCAAGCAAAAGAGUAGAAUUGGGUUAUUUGAUGAAAUAAUAAUGACUAGAGUUAGAUUUGUAUUUACAACAUUGCAUGUUCACAAGUUCUUUAUAUUGGAGCUUGGAAUACUAUCAUUUUCACGAAAUCGCUAAAUUACUUAUAAAUUGGAGUAUUUUCUGUGGAAACUUACAUUUUAAAUUCAGGAAAAAUGCUUUGUGAAAUAAGAAAAAAACCUAUUACAGUUAAGCAUAUAUUAAUUUAACAACGCUUGGCGAAUUACUUUCAUACAAUUUGCUCGCUUUUGUCACCUUCACUCUGUCAUUUAACAAAUAUGGCGACUUUUGGGAUAAAAACUUAGUUCAGGUUGAAUACAUAAUAAAACCGUCGAUGAAGACUUGAUAUCUCAA